ACUCAACCCACAAUCGAGGCCUCGAUCUACGACCCCGUGGGCAAAAAUCUAGCCCAGUCCCCACCCUGUCCUCACCGAAUGUAAAAUCCAAGGAGACCUGACCCGGCUCACCCCGUUGCCCGGCCCUAUUCUGGUAGAGUACUGAGCUCAACUACCGGGCUGCAAACCACCUGCCGGCCUCUCGUUAAUCCGCGAAACCGAUGGGACGAACGAACGAAGGACAAACCUGAGAUCCGCUGGCGCCUCAAUUCUCGGUUCCAAACGACCAAAAUAGGGCGAUGGCAUGAAAUGGACACGGAUGAGCACAUGAAAGGGGAAAAAAAAGCCAAGAAGGAACUGUGGUAGAGAAGGAAAGGAAAGGUAAAAGGGCAGAGCGAUGCAGGCGGUGCGGACGCGGGAGGAUCAGCGCGAGGAGGCGACCCCCCUCGGGAGCGCGCGGUCGUGGAGCCCCGAGGCGGAGAUCGGCAUGCGCGUGGAGGACAUCUGGGACAGCCUCGACGUCCAGCCGCAGCUCAGCCGCAGUGACAAGCUCAACAGCUGCUUCGACAGCAUCCCUGUCGCCUCCUUCCCGCACACCUUCGCCGGCUCCCAGCUGGUGGAGAUCCCCUCCGACGCCACGCUCGCCGAGGCCGUCGACAUCCUCUCCAGGAACAGGAUCAUCAGCGCGCCCGUCAGGAACGUCGACGCGCCAGAGGACGCCAGCUGGAUCGACCGGUACAUCGGCAUCGUCGAGUUCGCCGGCAUCGCCGUCUGGCUGCUCCACCAGUCUGAAGCCGCAGCGAAAGCUGAUGUCGGCGCCGACGAGCUGGCGGCGAAGCUGGGGACCGUCACCCUGGAAGGUGCUGCCGCGGCCACCGUGCGGGAGCCAGAAGGAGCUAUAGCUGAAGUCUUCGGCGCCCUGCCUUCUUCAGACCUGUUCAACAAAACGAAGGUGCAGGACAUCUCCGGGUCGUUCCGGUGGGCGCCAUUCCUGGCGCUGCAGAGCUCCGACACCUUCCUGACGAUGCUGCUGCUGCUGUCCAAGUACCGGAUGAAGAGCCUGCCGGUGGUGGACAUCGGCGAAGGCACCAUCAGCAACAUCAUCACGCAGGCUGCCGUCGUGCACAUGCUCUCCGAGUGCGUUGGCCUCCACUGGUUCGAGGAGUGGGGCACCAAGACGCUCUCCGAGAUCGGCCUGCCCAUCAUGAGGCUCAGCAAGAUCGUCAAGGUCCGCGAGGACGAGCCCGCUCUCAAGGCCUUCCGGCUGAUGAGGAGAAGAGGGGUUGGGGGCAUACCAGUGGUGGAUGAAACUGGCAAGGCAAUAGGCAGCAUAAUGAUCAAGGAUGUCAAGCAUCUCCUUACAACAUCAGAGACAAACAGAGACUACAGGACGCUAACAGCACAAGAAUUCAUCGCAAAUGCAAGGCAGAGCUCCGGCGAAAGGCAAAUGAUCAUCAUAACAUGCAAGAGAAGGGACACUGUCAAGGACAUAAUCUUGAAGCUGGAUGCAGAAAAGAGGCAGAGGAUCUAUGUGAUCGAUGAGGAAGGGAACCUGGAUGGAUUGAUCACCCUCAGAGAUAUAAUCGCCAAGCUGGUGUACGAGCCACCUGGCUAUUUUGGGGACUUCUUCAAUGGUGUUAUCCCUCUACCACAGAACAGCAGGGUCUGAAAAUUUUAGUCAAAUCAGGAAUUCUUCUUAUCAUGCUCUCUAUUAAUUCUUUGUCUGUAGAACUUGAUAAUUUUCCUUCCCACAUCUAGUGUUCUUAAGUUUUUAGUAAGCUCAUCUGUUUGAGGGGUUGUUUGUAUCAUUUCUAUAUAGAUAGCUUAUAAUAAUGUUUCCACGUGUGCAACAAUGAUGCUAUGCUCAUGUUUAAGUUGA